ACUUACCUAGUUGGAGCUACAGGAUGCUGUUCCUGGCUUCGGCUUUGAACUGCGGUCUCUGUCAAUACCUCUCUUGACCUCGGAGAAAUGACUUCCACCAAACGUGCCACCUCCGGACGCAAAAGGGACGCCAUUCACUUCGUCAAUGCGCGUCCAACUUCUGAAAAUGAGCGCUUGAAGAUUCAGCGCUUGGUCCGCGCCCAUGUGGGCAAAUGGAUCUCGGACCAGACCAAGGAUCGUUCGACCGUCCCUGACGGUCCAAAUCCCAGCGCUGGUUGCAACCCCAACACCGGCGCCAACACCACCACCAGCACUCGCAGUGCUACUCGUCAGUCCACCUCCUCCAGCGAAGGGUCGGCGAUAUAUUUCGAUCACACCGGUUCGGAAUCACAAUAUGCGACGCCUCCAGCCACUUCUCCGCUCUGCUCCUCCGCCUCAUCCUCCCCGUCGCCCCCGCCUCAUCUUCAUGGCCACUUUGUGCACGAUUCAUCACCUGCAACCCAGUUUAAGGCCUCGAAUCCCGUCAAUCAACAACUCCUCCGAUCAUCGUCCCGGAGUCCGGUGGAUUAUAUAAUGAACGAUGUCGAGCGACCCAAUCCGGACAAAUUCCCUUGGCCUUCUCCACAGGAGUCGCGAUCCGGGUUGUCAGAUACACGAAAAAGCUCUUCAGCGUCGGAUGAGGUAUCUCAAGCAUUGACAAUGACUUCGUCGUCUUCAUGUCUCGCCCCGAGCUAUGUCGAUACCUUCGGCGCGGGUCGUUUCGACCCGUUCCAAACACAUCCUAUGAACCUGUUGAACAUGGGGAAAAAUGAAGUUGUCGCCUCUGAAUAUUAUUGCCUUGAGGUCCUGUGGCCCGGCCUCACCCCCGUUUCACCCGGUAUUGACGCGAGUCCGGCUAGCACCAAUUGGUUUCCACUAUCGUUAUCCGAUCCGACCUUGUUUACGGCGUUUGUCUUCGGUUCACUAUCUCACAAAAGAGUCCAAUGGCUGAAAGGCACGAUUCCGCACCAUGCUUUCCUACCCUCUGAGCAGCAAAUGCUGCAGCUAUGCGAGGCAGAAACUAUCCGGAAUGUGACGCGGGAGGUCAGCGAUCCCACUCGGGCAAUGUGCGAUGCGGUUAUUCUAAGUGUCAUUUGCAUGGCACACAACGUCGCCAACAACGAGCAUAUCAAGGGCCAGAAGCUGCCCUUUACCGCUCCGAUGCAACGCUUGCAGUGGUUGGACAUCUACAGCAGUCUUCCGCCUAACCUGGUGCAUAUCAAAGGUCUAAUUCAGAUGGUCCAGAUGCGUGGAGGUCUUGAGAACCUGACUCUUCCUGGACUCGCACCUACUUUAUGUUUCUCCGAUCUCGUCACUUGCAGCACGUUCCUCUUGCCGCCUGUGUUCGAUUUCAUGCCCUUGCGCAGAGAGCGGAUAGGUCUCACAAUGCAAGAUUUGCUGGGUUACAGCAUGAUCGAUGUCGAGCGUCGGUUUGGUCCUCUGCGGGAGAUUGGCUUCACAUCGGACAUGCUGGAGGUAUUCUACGCCAUGCAGGCUUAUAUCAAACUUGUUGAGACCCACGUUACAACGCAGCACCACAACCCCGACUAUUCGCUGCUAUCCGAUCAACGAAAUCGGGUGCAUUACAACCUCCUUUCUCUCCCUGCAGUGAGCCGAUUUGACAGGUUUGCGAAUAGUUACCAACCCCAUGAGGUCAUGUAUGAGAUUUGCCGGCUGGCCGGUCUCAUCUUCGGUGUCGGCGUGGUGCUACCGCUCCAAGCUCAGAGUGCACCGCUCUCUCAACUUGCCAAGCUCAUCCAGGAAGCCUUGCACAUCUCCAAAGCACCCUUCUCCUGGGACCAUCCACAGGCUCGUAUCGCUCUCUUCUGGGUGCUGAUCCUCGGCGGUAUCGCUGCGGAAGACCAGCCCGAACGCGCCUGGUAUGUUGAGCUCAUCAGUCAAGUGGCCGGAAGCCAUGGCAUCCACACCUGGGACGAAGCACGAAAGGUCCUACGGGUGAUGCUCUGGUACGACCGGGCCUGUGAGCGCGGGGGUCGCAAACUGUGGCUUGAAGUGAAACAGUCCGGUCUUUCAUCAUCCUGAAAAACCGGACUCUUCCAAAGCAUACACCUAUCCCACGAUCCUCUCCUCCCGGCUCCUACACUCCCACAUCCAUCAAUAUGUCCACAGUCCGCCUUAUUGGCUCAACAUGAACUCUGACCAUGAUCGCCGCUCUCCUCCCAACCCCAGAUCGAACGCGGAGGAAGCCGGACCAACGGAAUCUGUCCUCACUAUUUCCCAUCCUGAACUGUAGGUAUAUUAUACGACUUUACGAAGGUUACGACGCAGCCAACGACCAUGGCGAAAAGCAUAAGCGCGCAAAAAGAGAGAACAUCUCAGCGCAACAUUGCUAUCGACCUCUUAUCCCUCCAUUUCACAUAACCACUACUUCUUUCAGCCGCCUUAUUUUUAUUUUCUUUCUC